UUGGGGAACUCUAACGGUCCUCUUCCAGUCCCAAAAUUCGAAAAUUUGAGUUUCUCUGCUAUAUAUUAGCGUCAUGUCAUCGAUAUCUAGUGGUUUUUUUAAUCUUUUGAUCGUAGCCUUCUUCUCAGCGAUUCGUUUUUUCUUUUUUCAUUGGUAACCAAAUGGUUCAGUAAGAAAGAAAUAAAUAAAUGGGGGAAAAGGACUCGGAGGUGAGAGAGAUAUCGCCCUCCUCGUCAGAGAAAAAGCCAAGAAGAAAGAUCAUUCAGGAAAGUCACGAUUUUUAUUUUUUAGUUUCUUCAUUCUGUUCUGCAGAGGGAGAUGAGACUCCCAUGAGAUCCACGCUUUGCCUCAAUAGCAAGAGCAGCGUAGAUAUCAAAAGCAUCGAAGAAGUGGAGGACUGCUUCAUCUUGGACUUCGACCCAUUUGAGUCCAUCGAACUUACCAAGCUCUCCGUAAACAUUAAUCCAUCUGAUGCUUUUGCUGCUUCCGAUGGUACUAGUGAUCUCUGUGUCAUUGCCGAAAAGGGCCAGGUUUGUGCAGAAUAUAUAUUGGUGGCUUGUAGAGAUUAUCCGCAUUCAAGGCAUCUCUGUGUGAACUUUCCCUUUGAUACAACUCCUCAUGAGAACUACUGUAAGAUGUGUUUCUGUUACGUUUGCGAUGCUGCAGCCCCAUGCAAGUAUUGGACAGAUCUCAAGCUAGCACAUUGCAAUGCUUCAGAGCAUGUUGGAGAUUGGACACACCAAAGGAAGUUGAGGAAACAGACAUCAGCUGAGUUCAAAUAAAAUUGUUCUUGAUUAUUUGUGCCAUACCUCAGUUAAUGGUACAUUACAGAGUAAUAUUAUUUUGCUACUAGGCUGUCAAAAAGAUGCUUAGAAUUUAACCUCUGGGUACUUUAGGUAGGUUUCUGAUUCACACAGAAGUCAUCCCUCAAGGAAGAACAUAUGAGAGUUUUGGGAUGUUCAUGUGACAUGUAGAUAUUCUUAGAUACAUAAGAUGGAGAAAUUGUGCCAAAUGAAAGGAAUGCAUUCAGUUCA